AUGUUUACGAAGGAAGAUAAGUUCAGUGAGAAGCAUAAGCGAUCUGUAUUUUCUUCUCUGCCCUCAUACGAAAAGCUGAACGAGAUCCACCUGGACGAGUGUGACCUGGCGCUGGAGAAAUGCCCCAACUCGUGUGGAGUAUCAGUUCAGCGACGCUACAAGUCGUUACACUUGAAGAACGAGUGCCUGCUGCGACCGCCGUCGCUGCAGCGCCCGGCUACGGCGACGCUGCUGCUGGCCAAGCUGCGCAGCGCGCUCGACGAGGAGCGCCGCCUGCGCGGCGUCGCCGUCGCCGAGUUCCGCCAGCGCUGCGACGCGCUCGACCAGUGGAACAAGAAGCUAGUGCAGGUGCUCGCCGCCUUCAAGUUGUUUAAAUACGUGGAGGCGGCGAAGGCGGCGCUGGGCGCCCUGGGCGAGCAGCUGGAGGCGGAGCGCGCGCAGCGGCUGCGCUCGGAGGGCGAGUACGACGAGCAGCUGGCCAGGCUCAGCGGCGCCGUCGCGACCGCCAGGGACCUGCACAGCGCGCUGGAGGAGCGCUACACGGAGCUGGUGUCGUCGUGCGAGCGCCUGACGCUGGAAGUGGAGGAGCUGGCCCGCUCCCAGCUGCUGGAGGGCGACGCCUGGAGGGCCGAGGUGCGGGGAGAGCGCCGCCUCGGCGCAGAGAGGGCAGACGCCCUGCGACAGGAACUACAGGCGCUGAAAAAACGUAUGGAAGAGGAGAACGUGGCGUUGAGCGGCGUCUGGGGCGACCAAGAGGCGCGGCUGGAGCGGCUGGAGAACAGGGUGGCCUCACUGGCCUCCAGGGUGGCCGACAUGGACCAGCAGCUGGUCCAGCAGCAGGACCUCAGGCACGCAGUCCAGGUGCCAGGUCGCCUCCUAUGGAAAAUAACGGACUUCGACCAGAAAAUGGCAGACGCCAAGGAGCAUGAUACCGUUCUUCAUAGCCCUAUAUUUUUCAGCCAACAGUUCGGACACAAGUUAAGGUUGGAAGUUCACCUAAAUGGAGUGGGCCACUGGAAGGGCCGCAACAUGAUCGUGGGCUUGCAAGUGCUGCCGGGAGACUGGGACGCCCUGCUGCCGCAGCCAUUCAAUCGCAAAGUGUCCGUCACCCUGAGGGACCAAGCCCCCAGCUCGGAGCAGGCAAACAACCUGAUGAAAAUUUUGAAGGCUGGAACAACCAAAGAAGAUCCUGCUGGCUACCACCAGUUCUUCCCUCACAAGACGAUGCAGCAGUUCAGUUACAUCAAAGACAACGCUAUAUACCUUGAAGUCACUGUAGAGUAACAUAUCCAAGUGCACUUCCAUGUGAACCGAGUGCAUUGGUGGAUACGCUUGUUUUUAAAUGGAUAAUUUAACUUUACAGAUUUC